AUGGUGGAUAACCAGUACAUAACACCGUUAUACGGACAACAGUGUCCUAUAACCGUGAAUGGGCACUCUACAGCAAAAAAAAAUCGACACAACAAGGUAAAACCUGCAAAUACACCACAAACCCACCCCACUUUACCCGAUGUAGUUUACUGUGGCAACUGCGAGCUAAACUUUCUAAACGCUGAAGAAUACGAGAAACAUACAAAAACCAAGUGUAUAAGGAAAUACACUUGCACUUACUGCACUGCAUCGUUCGUGAGAAACGACCAUUUGAAACGUCACAUUAUGAGUGUUCACACCAACACCAAAUACAACAUAUGUCCAGUUUGCAAUGAAGACUGUAAAAACCACGACGCAUUAUUGAGGCAUAUAAAAAAACAUCCAAACGAAUCCAAUUUCAACUGCCGCGACUGUCAUCAGACAUAUAAAACUCUGCACGAGUUAGUUGUGCACGAAUCGAGCCAUAUUUGGCCCGAAUGUCAUGUAUGCACAUACUGCAGUAAGGUUUUCAAACGCCGGGACCAUAUGCUGCGGCAUGUUAAAACAGUACACCUACUUCAACAUACUGCAUGUCCCUUAUGUGCUCAGAAGUUUAAGAGAAAAGACCAUGCGCUGCGACAUAUACGAGAGAAACAUAGGAUGGCUAUACCUAAUGGUGGAUUGAAGGGCUUCUCAGAAGUACUGGCAGAUGUAUCUCAAUGA